AUGUUUUUACUGGUAAUCUUAUUUACUGUACUACCAUUGCUGUAUGUUAUUUACGGAUUAUUGGGCCGUAAAUUGACAAUUGGUGAAAUUGACAAGAAAGCUGUGCUAAUUACAGGAUGUGGAAGCGGAUUUGGUAGAGAUUUGGUGAAACGAUGUCUCCAGAAUGGACUGACAGUUUUUGCAGGAUGCCAGUUUGAAAGUAAUAUAAGUGAAUUAGAAAAAAGCUACAGUUCAAUCAGUAAAGGUCGACUUUAUGCAUUCCAAAUGGAUGUAACCGAUGACGAGAGUGUCCGAAAAUCUCGAGAAAUCGUAGACAAUGUUUUGAGAGAAAAGAAUAUCGUUCUUCAUUCUGUGGUAAAUAAUGCUGGCAUACGAGGAAAUCAAUUUUACGACGACUUUCUACUUUUGGAUGACUAUAAAGAAGUGUGGGAGGUUAAUACAUACGGUGCGAUACGAGUGACACAAGCAUUUCGAAGUCUUAUCAAGAAAUCAAGUGGUCGAAUCAUCAUUUGCUGUAGUGCGUCCACGUUAUUUCCAGCACCUACUUACGGCCCUUACGUAUCAUCAAAAUGUGCUCUUCAAGCUUAUGCUAAUAUCAUCAGGUACGAAUUGGAACCAUAUGGAGUAAUUGUAGUAGUCUUAUUUCCGGGAACCUUCCAAACUGGAUUGCAUGUCAUUCAGGAACUGCAUCGUAUGACUGAUUUCCUAUGGAAUCGAUCGUCACAAGAAAUUCGCAACGAAUAUGGAAAUGAUUUUAAUGUGAAAGCGAAAGCAUUCGCAAAUGAAAUGCUAUCAAAGUUUUUGUCGAAAGAUACAGCAAAGGUUAUCGAUGCUUACUAUGAAGCCAUCGUUGCGAGACGACCAAAGCUUUCCUAUCGAAUUGGUUGGGACACGUCGCUAAUCUUCUAUCCAUACUCAUUCAUGCCGCUAAGGGUACAGUGUCAUCUGAUGAAGUUCUUAAUGAAUUGGUUUGGAGCGCCUGUACGGAAGCAACCGGUUCGGAAACAGGAAACUUAG